ACUGCCUGAUAACGUGUCGUGGGAGGAGGGGGCGAUGGUUGAGCCCUUGGCGGUGGCCGUACACGCCGUCAGACGAGUGAAUCUCACGUUGGGUCAGACAGUGCUCGUGUGUGGGGCCGGCACUAUGGGAAUGAUGUGUUUGGCCACCGCUAAGGCUUUUGGUGCCGCGCGUGUUGUCAUGACAGAUAUAAAUGAGUUUCGGCUAAAUGUGGCCAAACAGAUGGGCGCCGAUGAGACAAUACAUAUCAAUCUCAAGACUUUCGAUGUGGACUCAUAUGUUGCCAAAAUAAAGGCGGCACUGGGGGGCGAUGGACAGGGAGCCAACAUUACGUUCGAGUGCACCGGCAAUGAGGGAAGCACUAAGAUAGCUAUAUACUCGACUAAUAAUGGUGGCAAAGUAGCACUGGUAGGCUUGGGACCGCUC